AUGAGAAUAAAUGACAAGGACGAGAUUGUGAACAUUUUGUUUACAGUAUUUUUGGUAUUAUUACAACAAUUAUCUCUAUUAUUUAUAAUAUUGAAUAGUACAAAGAAUUACAUGUACUUAAUAUUUAUGGUUGUUGACAUAUGUUUAUGUUUAUACAUAAUUUGUAGUCUUUACGAUAAUAAAAAUGCAGGUGUGAAGAUAUCUAAUCAAUGGAUGAUAUAUAUGAUAACGUUAAGUAUGAAGAUGACAAGUUUUUGUUUUUUUAUAAAAGAUAAUAUAGAGACAAAUAAUAAAGACAGUAUAUUUUUAAUAUAUUUUAGUAAUGAUAUAUUAGCAUAUAACUUAAUAUAUAUAACACCUUUUAUAUAUUUAUUAUUUUCUUUAAGAAGUAGAAAUAUUUUAGAAAACAUAUUAAAUAAUAAAAUAAUUAUUGAAAAUAUUUUAAGUAUUGAUGUAAAUAUAAUUAAUUUAUUUGAUUUGAUAGACAUCAUAUUUAUGUAUUCACAUCUAACUAGUAUAUAUAAAAUAUUAACAGAUAAUGAUAUAUAUAAAUUACAAAAAACAUUUAUUAUGUUAAUAAUUGUGUUAGUAUCAUUAAUAUUGUUUGGUUUUUAUUUUCCUAUAUAUACUAAUAUUGAAAAGUCUUAUUCAUAUAAUCAGGGAGAAAAUUUAAGUAUUAUGCAAGAUGAUAAAGUAGAUAAGGGUUAUAGGAAUAAUAAGCACGGUAAUGUUGUUAGUAGUGAAGAUAAUAAUGAUGAUGAUGAUGGUGAUGAUGGUGAUGAUGGUGAUGGUGAUGAUGGUGAUGGUGAUGGUGAUGAUGGUGAUGGUGAUGAUGGUGAUGGUGAUGAUGGUGAUGGUGAUGAUGGUGAUGGUGAUGAUGGUGAUGGUGAUGAUGGUGAUGGUGAUGAUGGUGAUGGUGAUGAUGGUGAUGGUGAUGAUGGUGAUGGUGAUGAUGGUGAUGGUGAUGAUGAUAAUGCCUAUAAUGAUGAUGAUGAUCAUAAUGAUGACGAUAAUCAUAGUGAUCAUUAUUAUAACCAAUUAAAAGAUGGAGUUAAUGAGUAUGAGAAAGAAAAUAUGGUUGUUCCUAAAAAUAAAAUGUCUAUACAAUUAAAAAGAAAAAAUAAGAAGAAUGGAAAACAUUUGUUAUUAUCAAAUAAUAAUAUAUUUGAGAAUAAUAAAAAGCAAUAUAAUAAUUACGAUCAUGAUAAUAUGGAUAGUACCAUACAUAGUAUAAGAGAAAGUAAUGUAUCAUCUAUUACAUCUUUAAAUUCGAAAGAAUCUACAUAUGUUUCUUCUUAUAAAUCCAAACAAUUAAUAAAAAAAAACUAUUCAUCAUCUAUAUCGUCAUCAUUUCAUUCCCACCAUUCUACAUCAUCAAAUGAUGCAUCUUCUUCAGUAUAUUUACCAUCUCUCUCUUCAAUAAAUUCAAGAACCAAAAAAAAUAAAUCGAAUAAAUUAUAUCAAAGUAGAUAUAAGGAUGUAUAUACGGAUGUGUACAUAACGGCAAAAUUUCACUUUAUCGUUGGGUUUCUUUUAAUAGAUACUCCAUUUCUAAUAUACAGACUCCUUUUUUGUAUUAGAUACAAAGUGAUGCUUACGCUUAUCGUAAAAAAUAUUUUGUUUCUGCUUUUUCGAUCAUACAAGCUAAACGAAUACAGACUUAUAGAAAAGGAAAAGCAUAAAAAGAAAAAGAGUAAAUUCGAUUUUCAUUUUUACAAUAUAUUUAAAUAUGACAGUGAAACGAAUGCUAAUGGAAAUGAUGGAAAUUUAGAAAACGAUAAAGAAGCAUCAUCAAAUAUUCUACCCAGGGUUGAUCAUAAUAAUAAUAAUUUAUUGGAACGUAAUAGCUCAUAUGAGAAAAAAAAAAAAAAAAACAGAAGAAGAAGAAGAAGAAGAAGAAGAAGAAGAAGAAGAAGAAGAAAUAUAUUAUUUAAUGAAACAUCUAUUGCAAGAUUAAACAAAAAAUUUUUUAAUGGAUAUGCAAAAAGUAGGAAUAGUUUAGAAUUUAAAUUAAAAAAAAGUAAACAAAGAAAUAAAAACAUUUUAAAAAAAAAAAAAAUGAAAAAGAAAAAGAAAAAUCAAGUACUUGAAAUUUUCAAGGAAGAAUUCAAAAAAAAUUCGCAAAAGGAAUUUUAUGAUAAGCUAACAAAGGAAAUGAAAAAUAAUAAAAGUACUACAAGUUAUGAUAAUAAUAAUAAUAAUAAUAAUAACCAACUUGUAGAAAGACAUAUUAAUGAUAAUAUAAAUGAAGAAAAUAAGGAAAUCGAAAAUGUAAAUGAAAAUAUAUAUUCUAUGGAUAAUAAAAUUGAUAGACAUAUUAUACAUAGGAAUCAUUAUAAUGAGAGCACUCGAAAUAAGAAAAGUGAAAAAAAUUGUUGUAAAUAUAGAAAUAUUAAAAAAAUUGAAAAUAAAAUAACAUCAAAAUCAUUAGUAACGACAAAAGGCAAAUUAAAACCUUCGUGGAAGGAUAGAUUUCGUAUGAGAAGAAAAAGAAGGAAUUUUUUAAAAUUAAUUUAUAAAUUAAAAUAUAAAAGAGAUAUUCCUAUAUAUCAUUUUCAAGUGCGAGAUCAUUUAUUAGCUUUAUAUAAUUUUCUUUUUAAAGGUUGGAAUAAUGUAAAUUUUGUAUACUUUGAUGAUAAGUUGAUUUUUUCCUAUAUAACAAAUUUUCGAUUCAUGUUAGUAAUAUUAUUAGAUUAUAUAUUAAAAUGUGGAAUAACAUUUUUUUUUAUUUUUAUAUUAUUAAGAAGUCAUAUCUUUAUACAAAAUAAAGAUGUAAUAUAUAUCCAUGACAUUCCUAUAAAGAAAAACCUUGUUGAGGAUAACUUAACAUUUCCCCAGAGUUUUAAUUUUCAUAAAUAUUCCCAUAUACCAUUACCUAAUAAAUCCAUAGAUAUAAAAUAUAUGAAUAGACAUGUAGAAGAUUAUAGUAUUAAUUAUACCUAUAUAUUUAAUAAUGAUAAUAAUAAUGAUAGUAAUAUGAAUAAGUUGAAAGGAUAUAUAAAUAUGGAUAUUUCACAUAAUAUGUUUAAUUCAAAAUGGAAUGAAAUAUUUUUAAUAGAUAAAAUAUAUUUAUAUAUAUCUAUAAUAUAUUUCUUUAUCUAUUUUUUAUUAUUUAUACGAACUUCGACUUUUCUGGAUAUAUUAUUUGUUGCACUAUUUAAUACUAUAGCACACUUAUCUUUCUAUUUCUCUUUAAAGCAAUUCAUUUUAUUCUUUUAUACAUUUAAUGGUAAUAUAUAUAAUAGAGAUUAUAUAUAUUAUCAUCAACAUAUAAGAAAGCUAAAUUAUAACUUUGAAUACUUUUUUCUUUUGUUCCUAAAUAUACAUUACUUCAUAUCCUUUAUAAAGCACUUUUCUCUUUUCAUGCGGAUACUUUUUAAUAUAAAGUAUAUAUACUACUACAGAAGUUCUCACCGAACCUGUAGUGAUAAGGAACUAAAAUAUUCAGUCAGCGUGUACAUUCUAUUUUUGGUAUGUAAAUAUUGCUAUGCCCCUAUAAAUUUGAAUAUGCUUUUAUUUGGUCAGAAUAUAUUAAAUAAUAUUAUAUUGAUAGAUAAUAUAAAUAGUUAUACAUGGUUAAAUAUCUUUCUCCUGAUCUUAUUCAAGACCAUACAAAUAUUAAUGACACAAACAAAUUAUUUCAUUAUAGGUCUCUUCAUUUUACAUAUACUUUUAUACAUUAUAUAUGCUAUACAUGCACAAAUAUUAAGAUAUAUUAUACUUCGAAAAAUUGAAAUAUUGUAUGUUUUUAAAAACAUCUUAAUUUCUAUGUAUAACGAAAUAGCACUCGUACCAGAUACUAAUUCUCCAUACACCACGUGUACGGAUAUAUUAAAAUAUUAUUCAGAAGAGGGAUUCUUCUCCUCCGAAAGUAAUAUGAUACCAAAUUUUAUUUGA